UUGUAAUUAAGACAACCGUAUCGCCAGCUGGCCACUGUUUUUUUUUUUGAAAAACGUCGUUAAAGCGCUAUGGUAACGUGUUUUCGAAGUGGACCUUUACGAAUCACUUUUAAUUCAUUUUUGCCAUUAAUUGUCUCGAAAGUCAAUUCUAAUCGUGAUCAACAUGGCAGUGUCGAUGUGUUUGUUUUUUUUAAUCGUGGUGGCGAUGAUCGCUCAUGACAGCUCACACUUCCUGGAUGUCUUCUCCCACACUACGGAUGAGAGCAGGAGAGGAGGCUGCAGUAUUUCCUCUCGUUUUGGCGCAUCCGUGGUCCCGAUUCCGCAUCCCGAGGUUCCUCUUGCUCGAUUAAAGGGAUGCUGGGAUGGCGGACAACAAGGGAUGGGAGGCAUGCAAAAAAACAAAACAGUCAAGCAUGCGGUCAACCAGAACACCACCGUGGAGCCUUUUCCCGAAGGCAUGGGAACCAUCAUGUUUGGUAUGGGUUGUUUCUGGGGCGCCGAGAAGUUUUUCUGGAAAGUUUCCGGGGUCUUCUCCACCCAGGUGGGAUUUGCCGGCGGCUUUACACCCAACCCCACCUACGAAGAGGUCUGCACAGGUAUGACUGGACACACCGAGGUGGUGAGGGUGGUCUUCUCUCCCAAAGACUUAAGCGUGGAGGAGCUGCUGAAACUCUUCUGGGAGAACCACGAUCCAACACAAGGUAUGAAGCAGCACGCCGACAUCGGGACUCAGUACCGUUCGGCCAUUUACACUUCCAGCGCCGCACAGCAGGAGCUCGCACUGAACAGCAAAGUGGCCUACCAGAAGGGCUGGAGGGUGAGGGUGGGGGUUACCAUGACGACAACCUCCCAACCUUGGCCUUGGGCAGGGGUCGGAGGUGAGAGAGGGCUGGCAGCUGAGACCAUGGCGGUGGGAGGUGAUGGAAGGCGAAUAAAUAGAGCAACGUAAUGAGAUCAGAGAGAU